AUGGCUCUGGCCGUGCGAGGGAUAACACGCCGAGUACUGCUGUUCACAGUAUGGGUUCUAUACGUUAACGCCAGCAAGUGGCCCGCACACAGAGACGUACCAGACAAUGCUAGCUACGAUUACGUAGUAGUGGGCGCCGGCACGGCGGGCUGCAUCGUGGCCAAUCGUCUGUCCCAACAAAAGGACGUCGAAGUGCUUGCGAUUGAGGCGGGGGGAGAUCCUCCCGAAGAGAAAGAUAUUCUCAGUUUGUUCGUCACAGAAGUUCAUCCACAUGUGUACUGGAACUACGAAACAGAAGACGAUGGCUAUACAGCUCAGUAUCACAAAGAUAAACAUUUGAAUUUAAGAUCAGGAAAAAUGCUUGGUGGCAGCAGUGGAAUUAACUAUUUAUAUUACAGUAGAGGUGCCCCUAGAGAUUACGAAGCAUGGGUGAACGCUACUGGAGAUGAGUCAUGGUCUUGGCAAAAUGUUCUUCCAUAUUUUAAAAAAAGUGAACACCUUAAAGACGAAGAAAUUUUAAACUCUAAAUUAGGACGUUUUCACGGUAAUAACGGAGAAAUGAUUGUAACAAGGGAUCUACGUAAUAUUACCCUCAAAUAUUUGGAAGCUUUCCAAGAACUUGGACAUAAAGUAGUGGAUGAUAUAAAUGGUGAGCAAGCUAUAGGAUUCGCGCAGCCUAUGUUUUGGUUAUCAAAUGGAUUGCGUCAUACAACCGCCGAGGGAUUUUUAUUGCCUAUAAAGAACCGACCAAAUUUUCAUGUAAUGAAAAACACUUUAGUUACCAAAAUUCUUUUUGAUGAAAAUAAAAAUGCAGUCGGUGUUCAAACUAAAAAUGUAGAUGGAUCAACUGUAAAUAUAUAUGCGAGGAAAGAAAUAAUUAUAUCGGCAGGUGCUUUUAACACUCCAAAACUUUUGAUGCUGUCGGGUGUCGGACCACAAGCCCACCUUGAAAGUUUCGACAUUCCAGUGAUCUCUAAUUUACCUGUAGGAGAGUAUUUAAGAGAUCAUAUGGCUACUGUUUUGGUUAUGAAAGGGAAAACUACUGAUGAAACAUUUGAACGUGGAAUAGCUCAUUUCCCAAUACCAACUUUUGUUGGACUGGGAGCUAUAGAUAAGUCUCAAGACUAUCCAGACUAUCAGAGCCAUAAUUUAAUUUUCAAAAAUCAUCCCGCAGGUCUGACAGUUCUUUGCUCCUCGGUUUUUCAUUUGAACCCGUCGAUUUGUGAAGAACUUUUUUCUGCUGGUGUGGGUAGGGAAGUUCUGUUUUCGGUAUUUGGCGCAAGUCAUCUUUUGUCUCACGGAAGUGUUCAACUUCGCAGUACAAAUCCUGAGGAUCCUCUUAAAAUUAACACUGGUUUCUUAUCUAACCCCAGUGACCUAGAUCAUUAUGCUAAAUGUAUCCAAGACUUUGCUGCUGUAAUCAACUCAAGUUAUUUUAAAGAAGUGGAGGGGGAGAUAUUACACUUCAAUAUACCGAGUUGUAAACAUUUAGAAAAAGAUACUCUAGAGUACUGGAAGUGUUAUACCCUCAAUAUGAUGGACAGCUACUUCCUUUCUUCCUGCACAUGUCCUAUGGGUCCAGUUUUGGAUUCUAGGUUACGUGUUCGAGGUGUAAAAAAGUUAAGGGUCGCCGAUGCAAGUGCUAUGCCAGAGCUUAUUACAAGUAGUAUUGGUUCUGCAGUCAUGAUGAUAGCAGAAAAAGCAGCUGAUUAUAUAAAAGAGGAUAUU